CUGAGAAGUUGAAGGAGGUGGGAGCAGAGUAACCGAGGGUGGGACCAUAAACUGCUCAAAUAUAGUCCAACAAAGCUCAAACCAUCGUCGUCUUUGCCCCGUGUUGCUGGAUUUAAGAGACGACUCAAAGGAAACAAAUCCUCAUCAGCCAUGGGUAUAGAGGGGGGAAUGAAAUGUGUCAAGUACCUGCUUUUCAUUUUCAACUUCCUUUUCUGGUUAUGUGGCCUAGCGUUAAUCGUGGUGGGAAUCCUGGCCCAGGUGGCUCUGCACAACACGAUCAUGAUGAAUGACGUGGCAGCCUCAGGAGGUCCCAUACUGAUCAUCGUCAUUGGCGUGGUGAUCUUCUUCAUUGCCUUCUUUGGCUGCUGUGGAGCGUGGAAAGAGAACUACUGCAUGGUCACAACGUUUGCCAUCCUUCUCGGACUGAUCAUCAUUGUCGAGAUUGCUGCAGCCAUCGCUGGAUAUGUUUUCAGAAACAAGAUCUCUGACGUCGUCCAAGACAGCCUCACUGAAAUGAUUUCCAAUUACAACAGCAGUUCGCCCAAAUUCAGAGACACUGUGGACGGACUGCAGAAGGAUUUGAAAUGCUGUGGCGUAAACAGUUCUUCUGACUGGAGAGACUUCAUGCCUGACCGGAAAUCGGUGCCUGACUCAUGCUGUGUGACCAUUUCUACCAACUGUGGCAUCGGGACCAUGACGGAUCCGGACAAAGUCCACCAGCAGGGUUGUCAUGAUGCAGUUGAGGCUAUACUGGAGAAAAACAUCCUGUGGGUGAUAAUUGCAGCUAUUGUUAUUGCCGUCCUGCAGAUCCUUGGCCUUGUUUUUGCCUGCUUGUUGAUGAGAGGCAUUCGCAGUGGCUAUGAAGUCAUGUGAUCCAAACUCCACAUCGGAGUAUUAGCUCGCUGUUCAGGUCAUGCUUCUUGGGAGCUAGCUUCAUUUGGAAACUUUAAAAAAAAAAAAGUAUCUUCAUGUCACAUAACACACAGAACAAUUUAUUUUCCCUUGUUAUUGAUUUUUUUGGUUUAUAUUUUCAUAGGCUUACGUUCUUUCGGCUUCUAUACUGUGUAUAUGUAGGAAUGCAAAUAUUAGAGAGGAUUCAUGUCCACUUAGUUGACGAUGUAUAUUCAUGUUCGUUUGGAGGAUUUCUAACAUCUGUUACUGUGCUUCUUCUGUUAACACACUCUGGCCCUGUUUGGCAUCAAGUUAAUUAUUUGUUUUGUUUUGUUGGUUCCAGGCUGCUGUUUCAAUUUCUAUUAAAGACUCUUUAAAUUAGAUCUGGAAAAUUGCUGUAAAUGUGAAAACUAACAAUAAAUGCACCGUGUAGGUAUUUA